AUGGCGCGGUCCAAUAUCGCGCGAGCGUCGCUGCUUGGGCUGGUCAGCGCGCUAUCAUGCCUAUCAGUCAUCGGGUCAGCAUCAGCAUCUGCAUCAGCGUUCCGGGUCAGUGGUAGUGGUAGUAAUGGAGGGUUGGCGUCGAACGAGGUCGAAGCCCGAGGCGUGAAUUCGUGGAAAGCACAGGGCUUCCACAACGUCACCACCGACAACACCACCACCACCAGCUCGGCCAGCGUCGAGGUGGUCACGGUGGUGGUCCCAUUCCACCUGCAGGCCUACGUGGCCAGCCAGCGCUACUACUCCAAGAGCAAGUCGAGCUUCAUUUCCUUCUCGCAGGGCGGCGACGGCACGGUGACGCAGUCGUGGGAAGACGGCGCCGAGUUCUGGAUCUCGCCCGACCAUCAUCUCAAGGUGGGCGACAAGUUCGUGCAUCUGGACUUCAGCAGCGGCUAUGCCGUCUUCAAGCUGGAGAGCAGCCCGCCCGCCGAGACUGCCGUCCCCAAGUAUUCCCACGGCAAGGACGGGUGGCUGCAUAUCCAAAAUCUGGACUUUUCCUUCGGCCAGGACAAUCAGGCCGUGUUGUGUCUGAGUGACGACGGCUUCCUCUUUGUCCAGGCCCAGAACAAGCCGCCGUUUGCCUGUCGAGACGUCGGUCUGGCUCCGCAAAAAACUCCCGGUCCUAAACCCAAGCAGCCGCCACCAGCCCACAACACCCAACCCAGCCAGUCUCAGCCUCAGCCGACCUCGCUGGUCAGCAUCCCAGCCUGGGAAGACUGGACCACCUCGCCUACGUCUGUACCGGCCACGGCCACGGCCACGGCCACUACCAUCACCGUCACGUACCCAAGCAAACCAGUCAAGACGUCCAAGGCCACACACGCAUACACGCACCCGAGCAAGCCUUCGCCUUCGGCGCCUGAAUCUUGGCCGACCCAACAACCGACCUCCACCGGGCCCAGUGGUCCUGACCCGUCCAGCGACCUGGACUGGACGGAGUGGGUGGAGAAACGUUCGCUUUCGUCGAGCGAGUUCGAUGGCGAGGACGACGUUGACGUUGAAGUUGCCGAGUGA